AUGGGCCACAGGCUAGCCGAUACUGGCUUGCAAGGCAAAAUCAGUGUGGUUGGUAGGCAGGCUAGUGAGCGAUUGUUCGGGGAACCGUUUUGUUGUUUUGCUUCGGAAAAUGACAGUGCUUUAACAAUUGGGAAUUGUAAUUUUGCUACUCUUCUCAUUUUACUCAAGCAUUAA